UUCCCAAUCAAAAAAGUCACAAGUAUUAAUUAGGUGAUGUAAACAGUCUCUGCAACGUAUAUUUAAAAAAGAUGCUUAGUAAUACUAAACUAAGAGUUUUAGCUAUUCACGGUUAUCGACAAUCAGAUGAAAUAUUUAGUGCAAAGCUAGGCUCAUUGAGGAAAAGUUUCAAAAGAGAAAUAGAAUUUACAUUUGUAAGGGCACCUCAUAAGGUUUCUCCUGUGAAAAACUGUGACAAUGAGAUAGAAAAUGUCAAUAACGCUCAACAAUAUGGUUGGUGGUUUAAUACAGAAGACAGAGUAUUUCAAGCAAUUGUACCUAGUAACUUAUCAGUUGGUUUUGAAGAUAGUAUUCAGUUAAUUAAAAAUAUCUUUAAAGAAAAAGGACCAUUUGAUGGCCUAAUAGGUUUUUCUCAAGGAGGAUCAUUUGUAUCUCUACUAUGUGUAAUGCAACAGAGAAAUAUUCUCCCAAUUAAGUUUAAUUUUGCUAUUAUUAUUUCUGGUUUUAAAUCGCUUUGCAAGCCACACGAACUAUACUACUCUGAAAACUUGACGUUACCAAUAUUACACGUUUAUGGAGCUAAUGACAAAGUCAUUCCAACAAAUAUGUCUGAAGACUUGAAUAAUAUGUUUGAGAAUAAGGACACUUUUAUACAUGAAGGAGGACAUUUUGUACCAGGAAAAAAACAAAUUUUUAAUGAGUUUAUUACAAGAAUGUUAGAGAUAAAGAAGGGAAAUCAAUGACAUGAAUAAUAUAAAUUUAGUAUCAAUGCUUUUU